GUGCCGUCCUUCGGGUUAAGUGUCACGGGCCGUGCUGGCCGAGUUCACAGUCCGCGGUAGCACCGUCUCCUCCGCCUGGCAUGGCCGGGCAGGCUGCAGGGUGGGAGCCGGCGAUGCGCUCCCGGUCCCUCCCAUCAGUAGAGAGCACUGUUCAGCCGCUGUUCGCCUUGGCUGGGGCCAUUUCUCUGGACACAAAGCCCGGGGAAGCUCCUGUUGUGCUCCUGAGAGCCGCGUCCUGCUGGUUCGUGUGGUUCAGAAGCCACCUCUGGGGUGAUAGGCAGCCGGCCGUAAGCAGACAGACCUUGCUUAGAUGCUGGGAGCCCCUUCCCGUCGCUGGCACUGCCUGAGCUGCACCGGCAGCUGCUGGAGAGGCAGCGCCCAGCCCACCUGCGGGGCUGUUUCCAUUCCGGUGCCUUCCCUGUGUGCUGGGGAGAGCUGUGCUACGUGGCAGGGCUCAGUGAGGUGUGUAGGGCUCCUGGAGCUGCUUGCUGUUGGCAGUCAAGUUUGCAAACCCUCGGUAGCCGAGCAAAGCCCUCAAGCCCCAGGAUACUAUCUCUGCUGUCCUUCUUAGGAGGAGUGUUCUCUCAUCCCUGGGGGUGAGCCGGGUCUGCCCAUUCUUGACGCUGAAUCUGGAAACCCCACAAGCUCUCCAUUCCCUCUCCUGAAGAACUACCACUGAACACAAUCUAGCAAGCAUCUCCUCACCAAAACACUUAUUUCUGCCUGGGACUGCCCCAGCAAAGCUGAGAGUGGCCCCUGGCCUGAGCCUGCACAGAGCAGGACCUCUGGGGGUCUGCAGGAGUGCCAUGACAACGGCAGCUAGUUCCUGUCACUCUCCUCUUCCUGCCACUCACUCACAUUUCACAGGGCUGUGACCCCCAUGGGCUCACAUCUCCCUGAGCCCUGCAGUGGGGCGGGCAGCAACCCGAACCAGGCGGCUGGGGUUUCAGCGUCUGGGCAGGGCAGCUGUGCUCCUGGGGUCACCUCCUCAUCUGUGCUGUGCCCUAGCAGAGCUGUCCCCAGGGCAGACAGACUCAGCUCUGCAAGCUGAGAGGAUGCAAGUGCUCUGGGCAAGCCGAGCUGCUCUCCCUGCCCAGCAGCUCUCUGUGCCUCUCCCUGCCAGCUCUUGUCCUGCUGUGCCAGAGGCUGUUGCCAUGACCCUCACCAAAGGCUCCUUCACCUACUCCAGCGGGGAGGAGUACCGCGGCGAGUGGAAAGAAGGUCGCAGGCACGGCAUCGGACAGCUGACAUUUGCUGAUGGCACUGCUUACGUGGGGCACUUUGAGAACGGGCUCUUCCACGGCUGCGGCGUGCUCACCUUCUCCGAUGGCUCCAGGUACGAGGGGGAGUUUGUGCAGGGCAAGUUCAAUGGCGUUGGAGUCUUCACCCGCUGUGACAACAUGACCUUUGAGGGCGAGUUCAAAGGCGGGCACGUGUACGGCUUCGGUCUCCUGACCUUCCCUGAUGGCUCCCACGGUGUGCCCCGCAACGAGGGCUUCUUUGAGAACAACAAGCUGCUGCGGCGGGAGAAGUGCACGGCCAUCAUCCAGAGGGCCCAGGGUGCCUCCAAGUCUGCCCACAGCCUGACAGCGUGAUGGUGCCCCACAUCCCCUUCCACCAGAGCAGGGACCCCCCUACUUGGGCACUGGCUGGCCCUGCUGGUCCUGGAGAAGGGAUGUGGCACUGCUGGGUGCCUCCCUGCCCUUCGUCGCCUCCAAGCCUCCUCCUGCCGAACCCCUACCGCUGGAGGGGGUGGGGCCCUUCACUCUCCACCCAAGUGCCCUGGGGCAGCCGAGGUGCCUUCUCUUUCUGGCUGUAGCCCUGGCACCUGCUGGAGCAGCAGAAGGACAGGGUGACAGGGGCUUGGCCCCUCUUCCCCCCAGGAAGACUGUGGACCACUACGGCUGCUAGCCAGCUGCAAAGGAUGGAGCACGGGGGUAGAGGCUGGUCCCUGUCCCCACUGCCAGGGUGCCUUGGCUGGAAGCUGCUGACUGAACCGCAUGCCCCCAGAGGGGCAGCUCCUGGCUCACUUUGCUGCCCUGGUCUGGAGGCAGGGUGGGCACCCUGGGCAUACCAUGGUCUGCACCCUCAGCUCUGGGGGACUGGCCAUUCCCCUGCAUGCCCAGGGUAUGGUGACAUAGUGUCCCCAAAGACCCCAGUCUGCUCUCAGGGCCAGUCUGUGGGCUGUGUUCCCCUCAUCCCUGUGCCAAUCCACCCAUCCACUCACUGCCUUUGGGACAGCAGCAGCAGCAUUCUCACCAAGAGGGAGUAGGGAAUGCUCAGCCUGGCACAUGUCUGCUGCAUGCUGGUGAAGGAUGGUAGCAAUGGUGAGCAAGGAGAAGGGUCAGCUGGAACCGAGAAUGAGGUACAUGAGCAGGUCUGCCUGGGGGUGCCAGGGCUGGAGCAGGAGGCCUGGGCAGGGUGAGAGGGGAUAGAGGUAUGGCAAAGGGGCAGGCAGGGGGCACACAGUUCCCCAUUUUGCCCCCUACAUGCGUCCUUCAUCUCCCCACUGCAUGCUCACCUUCACCCCUGGUGCACAGGGGUCCCAGCAGCCCUCAUUGCCCAGUGCAGGGCUGCAGGGGCCGUGCCCAUCCUGCCAGUCUCUGCCUACACCGGGUCCCGUGCCUUGCUGUGACCCUGCCUUGUGCUGCUGCCUGCACGGGCCUCAGCUGAGUAAACCAUGUUGCCAAACA